GGUGGUGCCCAGUCCACUGUCAGUCACCGUAGAGAUCAGAUCACAAUGCUGGCAGAAAUCAUAUUUGGAGAAUUAUAUAAGGCUUUCAAGAAUGAAUAUUGAAAGAAUGAGAUUAUAGAAAAUUAUAAAAUUCUAAAUCUGACCUUUUUUUCUACUGAAAAGAAAUUGAAACCCAAACCGUGAGAUUCCUGUUGUUUUGUAAUUGACAAACACUUAGCUGUAGGUUUGUAUGAUUGCUGAUUUAUACAAGUUACUCUGGAAUAAAGUGGUUGUUAGAAAAAACACUAACAACAUCAUACCAAAAUGAAGUUUUUCCUGCUGUUUUCCCUCAUUGGGUUCUGCUGGGCUCAAUAUGACCCACAUACUGCAUAUGGACGAAGUGCUAUUGUCCACCUGUUCGAAUGGCGCUGGGUUGAUAUUGCCAAGGAAUGCGAGCGAUACUUAGCUCCUAACGGAUUUGGAGGAGUUCAGGUCUCUCCACCCAAUGAAAACCUAGUAGUUAACAGUCCUUCAAGACCUUGGUGGGAAAGGUACCAACCAAUUAGCUACAAAAUAUGCUCAAGGUCUGGAAAUGAAGAUGAAUUCAGGGACAUGGUGAAUAGGUGCAAUAAUGUUGGUGUCCGUAUCUAUGUGGAUGCUGUUAUUAACCACAUGUGUGGAGAAGGGGCUCAAGCAGGAACAAGCAGCACAUGUGGAAGCUAUUUCAACCCACACAACAGGGACUUCCCUGCAGUUCCAUACUCUGGUUGGGAUUUUAAUGAUGGCAAAUGUAAAAGUGGAAGUGGAGGCAUUGAGAACUACAAUGAUGCUUAUCAGGUCAGAGACUGUCGUCUGUCUGGCCUUCUGGAUCUUGCACUUGAGAAAGAUUAUGUUCGUACCACAGUGGCUAAUUAUAUGAACCAUCUCAUUGACAUGGGUGUAGCAGGUUUCAGACUUGAUGCUUCUAAGCACAUGUGGCCUGGAGACAUAAAGGCGGUUUUGGACAAACUGCAUAACCUCAAUACACAGUGGUUCUCUCAAGGAAGCAGACCUUUCAUUUAUCAAGAGGUCAUUGAUCUGGGUGGUGAAGCAGUGACAAGCAGUGAAUACUUUGGAAAUGGUCGUGUGACAGAAUUCAAGUACGGAGCAAAACUGGGCACAGUCAUCCGCAAGUGGAAUGGAGAGAAGAUGGCCUACUUAAAGAACUGGGGAGAAGGUUGGGGAUUCAUGCCUUCCGACAGAGCCCUUGUCUUUGUGGACAACCAUGAUAAUCAGCGAGGGCAUGGGGCUGGAGGAGCAUCCAUUCUGACAUUCUGGGAUGCUAGACUAUAUAAAAUGGCAGUUGGAUUUAUGUUGGCUCAUCCUUAUGGAUUCACACGAGUAAUGUCAAGUUACCAUUGGCCAAGGUAUUUUCAGAAUGGACAGGAUAUCAAUGAUUGGGUUGGACCACCCAAUGACAAUGGAGUAACCAAAGAAGUGACCAUUAAUCCAGACACCACUUGUGGCAAUGGCUGGGUCUGUGAACAUCGAUGGCGUCAAAUAAGGAACAUGGUUGCCUUCAGAAACGUUGUCAAUGGUCAGCCUUUCUCAAACUGGUGGGAUAAUGGCAGCAACCAAGUGGCUUUUGGCAGAGGGAACAGAGGAUUCAUUGUCUUUAACAAUGAUGACUGGGAAUUGUCAACAACUUUACAAACUGGUCUUCCUGCUGGCACAUACUGUGAUGUCAUUUCUGGAGACAAAAUUGACGGCAAUUGCACCGGAAUUAAAGUCUAUGUUGGCAGUGAUGGCAAUGCUCACUUUUCUAUUAGUAACUCUGCUGAAGACCCAUUUAUUGCAAUCCAUGCUGAAUCAAAAAUAUAAAGUUUAAAAUAAAUACAUAUUGAGAGCAUCAA